CCAACUUUCGGCAUGUAAGAGGAGAAGAAAAGCUCUUCAGACAACACAGCCUUUGGACUAAGAAAUACAUGAGCGGAAAAUGAAUAGCGGGAGAAGAGAAAACUGUGGCAGGCUGUGUCAUAUAUUACUGCCUGACAAUAGAUGCUCAGACUGAGUUUACUGCUGAUGCCACCUCCCCAGAAUAGGAAGAACAGAGGAAAGGUCGGGACUCUUCCUUUUCCAGCUCAGUUUGGUAAAUAGGAGAAUAAGGCAAAGAAUCUGCUGCAGAGCAAGUAUGAAAGCAUCUAUGAAGAGAACAAGCCACCCUCAUGAACAACAGGUACAGGUCACCUUUUAAAAGUAUGUGAAUUACUAAUACAAAGACGUUUGUGAAUCAUUUCUCCACAAGCUACAAGCAAAUAAAAUAGAAUAAAGGGCUACAAGAGAACAGUGAUUAUCAGGAAUCAUGGAGAAUGACAGCUCUACAAAGGGAAGAUAUUACAGGUACAAAGUAUCGCCUGGAGUAAAACAAGAACAGUAACUGUCAUUAAUUUAGAUAUCUCACUAGGAAUAGUAAAACAACCAUUCUUAUAUACGGAAGGAAUCAUCUUGCCUGGAAAACAUUUCUAAGCAAAUUUAAAUGGAUGGCAGCCACAGGGUUCUGCCUGUCACCAUUCACCUUCUUGCCAACCCUGGUGACUCUGCUGUGUUUCGACAGGCAGUGAAGAGAAUUCUUCAGGGACUGUGUCUAGAUACUCAACUCUUUCUGGUGUCCGAAAGAGCAGCCCCAAUUCAAUUCUACGAAUAUCGAAAGAGAAGAUUUGAAUUUCCAGGGAUAUCUGUCAUACUCUUCCUCCGUGAAGACCUAGGGGAAGAAAGGAUAUCUCUUCUACAAAGCUUUUUCCAGCUACCCCCAUGGGAUCAUGUCAACACAGGGUUUGGCCAAGGACCAUCACCAUCAUGUCAAACUAGUGAUGACUUUUACUGUCUUGAUGUGCACAUGCCCGUGUGGGGAAUAAGACAGGUACACUAUGGCACAGAGAUCUUGAGAGUGACUCUGUACUGUGAUUUUGAUAACUAUGAGGACUCAGUAAGACUUUAUGAAAUGAUUCUGGGAAUGGAAGCAACCAGCCAAAAGAUUGGAUUCUGCUUCUUUGACUUGCAUUCUACUAAGCACACUUCCAUACAAUUCUCCUUAAAACAGUUGCCACCUGGUGUCUGUGCACAAGUCAAACAUGCCUGUGCUCUGCAGUUCACUAUACAAGCUAUAGGACAGCUGGUUCCCUUGUUGCCUUACCCUUGUGUGCCAAUAAGUGACAUGCGAUGGCAAACUCAAGACUAUGAUGGAAACAAAAUCUUACUUUUGGUAACUAGCAGCGCCAAAGUGUCCCAAAGUGUUGAAAAUCCAGAGCCUCGGUCAAAUCCUUUAACUGCUCAGCUAUCAUCAUUAACGCAGCCAGUGAAUACUACACAAACAGGGGAUGAAAAUGUCAUAGGAAACCUGAAUCUCAAGCAGGUUUUAAAAAAGUCCUUCAAAAAACCAGAACUAAGACAAAACGUGUACAGCAUUACUGAUAACAAUCUUUCAAAACUGAUGCCAAGGACCCAUCCACAAAUAGAUGAGACAGAGACCAAUGUGGAUACUGGACACAGAGUUAUAAAUCUGAGGCACCAGCUGCCUUCUGUUAUCAGGAUGUCAAGGGAUCUACAAAAUAUUCCAUGGAAUAAAGAAAUUCAAGAUUUACCCUCCAAGAUAGGAGUCUCUAGUUGCCCUCUUGAUGUCAAAGGGAACAAAGAGACUGACAGCAGAACCAAAAUAUUUCCUUCUGAGAGACCUCAACAACUCCAUAGCAAUAGCAUGGCGCUCACAGAGGAAUUUUUCAUUUAAUGCUGCCUCUAAUCACCUUCAAUUGAUGGACUACCAUUUAUUGUCACAAUGGGACUUAACUUCUUAAAGGGAUUAUAUUGCCGUAAUAAAUCAACGGGUCACCUUUAACAGUUUAUGCAACGGGCCGCCUCCCCCUAGGGCCCUCUAUAUAACGCGUCCCAGGUGUAGGAAAUGCCAAGUGGUGUAAUGGUGUGUCCCAAAUGUCUCUUUAUGUGUG